AUUGCAAAUGUCAAUAAGAAAAUUUAAUGAUUUUUUGAUUUUAAAAAACAAAAAAUCUGAAAAUGUGGAUUACCUUCCUAUCUACCGAUUGAUUUUUAUUACAAUAAGCCUUUAAUUAAAAGAAGUUAAACUUGCUAAAUUUAAACGAUCGUAUAUGUGUACCAGGUGUCAUCAGUAUGCAUGAGUAUAAUAGGGAAUAUGUCUUCAAACCUUUUAAGGUUACCGAAGUAAAAUUCCGAGGUCGUACUUGUCCUAGGCCUCGAAGUGGACAUAGGAUAGUUUGCGACGACGUAAAUGUAUACCUAUUUGGUGGAUACAAUCCUUCUUUGCCCUUUAAUGUUGAACUCGAAAGUCCGACAUGGAGUCCAUCCAGUCCGCUUUUUAAAGAACUUUGGACUUUUUCUAUAGCCAGGAAAAGAUGGAGGCUACACAAUUUGAUGGAAAACAUACCAGAUGAGUUAGCAUCGAAUGCUUUGUGUAUGAACGGUAAAUACUUGUUGGUAUAUGGCGGCACUGGUGCACCGUUCGGUAAUAAAUGUAAUAAUGAUGUGCUUGUGUGGAGGACAAAUAGUACUGAAGAAAGAAUAGAACCCAUACAUGUGACUGGACCAAGACCCCCUGCACAAUAUGGUCAAGCAGUCUUUUGCUAUGAUGGUGGAUUCUAUACUGUUGGUGGAACUAAUGGCUAUUCUUAUAAUUGUGAUAUAUAUAGGUUAGACCUACGGACAAAGAUGUGGGGGGCAGAAUUUAUAGCUACAGGCCAAGAUGGGGAACCGCUGGGCAGGUACAGACAUGAACUGGCAAGAGUUGAUGACAAGCUUUUUGUCCUUGGUGGUGGAACAGGAGAGUGGGCUUUCGAACUCAUGGAGAUUCCCAUGUUUAACUUGACCACUAAGACAUGGACAACUUUGAUACCAAAGCCAGAUGACUCAGCGAGAGACAUCAUAAUGCCAUUACCAAGGAAAUGCCAUAGUGCUGUGCAAAUUUCUACACCUAAUGGACCACAAGUGUAUGUAGCUGGAGGCACGGAUGGGCAAGCUGUUUUUGAAGAUGUUUGGAGGCUGAAUUUGGCAGAUUUACAGUGGACACUCAUGAAGAAGACAGUCUUGCCUCGUCCCUUAUAUUUCCAUUCUUCUGCAGUGACUCCUGAAGGUUGCAUGUAUGUUUUUGGUGGGAUUGAACCCAGAGAUGAUGCUACCUGCAGAAAUAAUAUUUUGUAUAAAGUUUGGCUUUGUAUACCUAGCCUGACUGAGAUUUGUUGGGAAGCUCUGCUCAAUUAUCAUCCAAAUUUAGAAGGACUUAGUAGGCAACGUCUCUUAGCCAUAGGUAUCCCAUCACAUUUGGUCAACAGGCUACAUCCAAUUGCUAGAUAUUAAUAGAAUUUAAUUUAUAAAACAUUUAAGUAUUCUAUUUGUGGAAGUAGUUCUCAAGUGGAAAGUUCUACAUAUCUAAGUCUGAUUUAGAAGAAGCAGUGUUAGAGGAUGAAUGUUUCAUUUCAAAUUAUGUCAAUAAUGAUUUGUCUCUGUAAAAGAAAAUAUUAUUUUUUAUUUUGAAACAUAAUUAAAUAUUUUAAUACUUUAUGAAAGUUCAUUCUGUUUCCUGCACUACCUACAUGAACCAUGUAAGGAAAUUUUAAACAUAUGUAUUAAAACUACAUCCUAACUUCAUAUUCCCAGCUACACCAACUCAUUAGCAUUUAUUGUGAAGAAUUGAUCUUAAUUUUGAACUAGUUUUUUUACUUGUCACAAAUAUUGUGAAGAACUACAGGGCAAAAAUAUAUUGUUAUAAUAUUAAAUUCCAUGUCUUUCUGAGAAUUCAGUUCUUUGCAGUACAUGCCAAUGUUAGAAUAUGUAUAGUGUCCUUAAAAAUAUUUAAUGUAAAAUCAACAUAAAAGUAUCCAAAUAUUUUUGACUGGAAUCAGUUUGUAAAUCACCUUAGUCCACUUUCUUUACCAAAUAUUUUUAACAUUAUGUAAUAUCCAUUUCACUACUGUCCAUAAUAGUUUGCGUAGUGUUAAAAAUUAUAUUUAUCAAACAUUGGUUCCACAUUGAUCUGUAAAAGACUAUGAUAUUUGAUUCAAGUAAUUCUAGCCUAAUUAACAGGUUCUGAUUGUUUUUAAAUAUACUGGCCAAAUUUUUUACCAUAUAUUAUCUACUUAUUUGUUUAAAGUAGGUGGUAUCUAUUUUGUAAUGUAAUUUUGACUAAUAAAUCACAUAAAAUUUAGGCUCAGUUCUGGUUCUUGGGCUAAAUUGAUAAGUGAAUAGUUUCUAUUUACUAUAUUUGUAAAUAAAUGUUCCCAAUAAAAUUAGAAGUCAUAAUAAUUUGUAUAUAACUAGGUAGAUUUUUCUGAAAAAUCUCAAUAUAACCAAGUCUAAUCUAAUAUUAUAUUAGAAACAUAUAGAUAUCUCUAGUAUCCUAUACAGGUUUCCACCAUAAAACUUAUUGUUAGAUGUAAUCGGAAGGUUUUUAAAUUACAUGACCUUGUUCUUACUAAAAGUGCGCUACAUAGGUACGUACGUACAUACGUUCUCAAAAGCGCGCUUCUUUGUUAGUAAGUAAACAAGCGAGAUUUUAAAACUAUCAAUAGACAGAUAGGCAGCCAAUUAGGUACCUACAAUGUUAAACUGUAGUCGAAUCUUAAUGUAUUUCAGUGUUCAAAUUGACGUGACUGGAGAAGAGAGCGCUCCAUAACCGCGGAGACCCCAAAAAUGGUUGUUUGUGAAGAUAAGGAAUGUGACAUGCAUUUAGAACACUAACCCUUUCAAGUGUAUACUUAAAAUGGUAAAAGGUGAAAUGGAAACUUAGGCUGACGCGGUUUUACUAGAUAGAUAUAACCAUAAUGUAUCAUGUGUGUUUAUUAAAUCGAAAUUAAUAGUUGAAUAAUAUGCAUAAUAUAAUAUAUUAAACAAGUAAUUUAAAUUUGUUAAAUUGAUGCAUGCUACAUGUGUUGUGACUUUAUAAGUUCCAUUCAAAUUGAAGCAUUUAAUGUAUGUAUUAUUUUUUUAUUAAUCUAUACCGUAAUAAAUUGAUGG